AUGGAAUAUAUUUUGUGGAAUCGUAAGGACUUUGAUAUAGUCUAUAAUUGUACAGGAAUUAAUGUAGAUGAUGUUCCUAUUGAAAAAAGAAGAUAUCCAAUAGCUGCAAUUAUUUGUAUAAUACUUGGAUUUAUAUAUUAUCCUCUAUAUUUCCCUUGUCUCUACUCUUUUUGGAAAAAUAGAGCAAAAAAUCCUUGUUAUUUACUGCUAGUUUUUCUUUCAAUUUUGGAUAUGUGUAUACUUUGGGUGCCAAGUUUUGCAUUUGGAAUUUUUAGUUUGAACGGUGAUGUCUACUGUUCUUCACCAAUAUCCACCUACUUUGUUGGUUGUGCCACUUUAUGUAUGUGUUGCAAUAUGAGGGUUAAUAGCAGAGAUCGGAAUUUUGUUCCGUACCAUCCAACCUUAAUUUUGUUUGUCGAUGGUGUAGUGGUUAAGUUGACUGUCUUCGCUCACUUUGGUGUUUUUGGGUUAUGGGAUUGGGGGGUUAAUGGGAUUCAUAAAGAACCUAACGCCCCUGGUCUUUCAAAAUUCUCAAAAUUUUCGCCAGCGACGCUGAAAAAGGAAGUAAUAAUAAUAAUAUAA